GAAGGGGAUUUCUCUCCAUUAAAUGGAUAUCUCUAUCUAUGCUUAUGCAUCAACAUAAGUAUAUCCAUGUCACUGUAUUGGUUGGUUAUGUUCUAUAUGGCGACUAAGAGAGCACUUGAACCCUAUAAUCCUGUACCCAAGUUUUUGUGCAUUAAAGCUGUCCUCUUUGCUAGUUUUUGGCAAUCGGUAAUACUAAAUAUAAUGGUUGAAUUGGGAUUACUCGCUGAUAUACCAAGUUGGAAGUAUAAUACAGUUGAUGUUAAAAAGUCAUUACAGAAUACUCUUAUAUGUGUGGAAAUGUUGAUAGCAUCAAUAGCUCAUAGGAUAGCAUUCCCGCCACCACCACCACCAUCUUCUUCUUCAAUAAUAACACAACCCUUACAACAACAACAACAACAAUCUACUUAUGCUGAUCAUAAUGAUCAUGGAGAUGAGCAGCAUCAGCAUCAACAGCAGCAGCAGCAGCAGGAGAUUAGUAACAGGAAGGGCUACUUCUUGAGGACAGCUCUGACUCAUUCAGUACGAGAUAUGGUAUCCGAUAUAUCAGAUGUACCUUUCUUACAAAGAUUUAAUAUAGGAUCUCAUCAUCAUCAUCAUCAUCAUGAUAAUAUGAUAACUACACGAGUUACUACACCGACACACCCAAAUACAAUAAUGAAAGAAAAUGAGGAGAAUAUUAAUCAUAAUGGUGUGGUAUGUGAUGAUAAUGGUGUGGUAUGUGAUGAUAAUGGUGUGGUAUGUGAUGAUAAUGGUGUGGUAUGUGAUGAUAAUGGUGUGGUAUGUGAUGAUAAUGGUGUGGUAUGUGAUGAUAAUGGUGUGGUAUGUGAUGAUAAUGGUGUGGUAUGUGAUGAUAAUGGUGUGGUAUGUGAUGAUAAUGGUGUGGUAUGUGAUGAUAAUGGUGUGGUAUGUGAUGAUAAUGGUGUGGUAUGUGAUGAUAAUGGUGUGGUAUGUCUGUCGGCAAAUGGAAUACAUGCUGAUUCAUCAUCAGGAUUAUAGCCAUCAUGCUU